AUGGCAGGCACCGAAAUACGUACAGAUGAGGGCGUGGUGAUUUUCGAAGGGAGUCCGCACAAAGCCAAGGUGCUCUAUGGCAACCUGCUGUGGACCGGUGCCCUUGCGCUCUCAAAAUUCUUUGCCACUUCUUCUGCAGCCCCGCCCGUCAAAGGACGGUCUUGUUUGGAGCUGGGUGCCGGGACUGGUGUGGUCGGUCUGACCUUGGGAUCGAUGGGUGCAGAGCCUGUGUUCAUCACUGACAAUGAACCUGAGCUGCUUCUUCUUAUGAAGAAAAAUAUUGAGGCCAACAAUCUCAGUGAUCGUGUGCAGACAUUCUGCCUUGAUUGGGCAGAUGGCAAAAGCUUUAUGCAGCAACUGCCGGAUUUGGUGGUCGCAGCAGCAACUCAGCAACGAUGA